AUGGACCGUAUUGAAGAGUCUGCCCACAUGCGUUGGAAGGAAACACAAGAAGAUUUGCAGUCCAUCCGAAGUGAUCACCAGAGACUGGAAGCCGAGGUGAGGGAAGCCGUCAAGACACUGGAGAACAAGUGGGAGACUACGCCAGCUGCGUUACAAGAGAGUCUCACCCGGGGCUUUGAGAAACUUGCAAGCCGCAUCGAAACUGCCAAGCUAACGCUCCACGACCUCACCAAAUCAGUCACUACUAUUUCGGAGCUCAACCUGCGGCUCGGUGCUCGCCAAUCAAGUCUGGAAUCGCUCAUUAUCCAGUUCCUCGGCAACAAGGAGAAGAAGCACACUGGCAUCAAUACCGAUCGCUCAGUCUCACCCGACCGCGGUCAGAAAAGCCAGCAGGUACAAGUCUCCCCGACCCCGGGUGUCGUUCUGCCAAACCCAGUUUCAACCGAUCACGCGCAAGUCUCUCCAACCCCGGCCGUCUUUCUGCCUCCAGCAUCUGAGAGCCCAGCGGUCCUUCUGUUGGCGCCAAACCCAAUUCCUCCAACCCGGGCAAGUUCGCCCGGUCCUUACAUUGGGGGUAUUAGGAAGUCACCUCGGCUACAGAAACUCGAACCCACACUUCAAACCCCCGCACAGAUAAGAAAGCGGGGGGAUCUUGGAGCAACUUUGUCCAAUGGAGACCGGCAUAGUAACAGCUUGGCGUUUAUUUCAGGCAGCCGAGUGCGGUUGUUUGAGCCAGACCCGUUCCAACAUGGUGUCAACUGGAUGGGACCAGGUUGGGCUGAUCCACGCUGCAUGGGAUUCAAAGCUCUUCAGCAGACCCAUGACACAUGA